GCUGGAGUGCAGUGGUGCAAUCUCAGCUCACUGCAACCUGCCCCUCCUGGGUUCAAGUGAUUCUCCCACCUCAUCCUCCCAAGUAGCUGGCAUUACAGGCAGCGCUUUCUGAAGACGUGGCCAUGCAGCAUGUCAGCAGCUCCCAGAGCAGCCAACGCCACGUCCAGUGGCCCAGGGCCUGCCCCGGCGUGGGCAAGGAGCCGCCAGCUUGUUCCCAGCUGCCCCCACCCCUCACGCUGCCAUCCCCCGGCUACCAUCUGCAGCCACUGAUGGAUGGGUCAGGACUCACCCAGAUCGCCCAGGGGGCCCAGGUUCAGCUCCAGCACGCGGGCACACCCAUCACGGUCCGAGAGCGGAGACUCUCCCAGCCCCACACACAGUCAGGGGGCACCAUCCACCACCUGGGACCCCAGAGCCCUGCGGCUGCCGGUGGGGCCGGCCUGCAGCCCCUGGCCAGCCCAAGCCACAUCACCAUGGCCAACCUGCCACCUCAGAUCAGCAGCAUCAUCCAGGGCCAGCUGGUCCAGCAGCAGCAGGUGCCGCAGGGGCCGCCGCUGCCCCGAUCCCUGGGCUUCGAGAGGACGCCCAGCGUACUGCUGCCUGGGGCUGGGGGCGCAGUGGGGUUUGGGAUGACCUCCCCACCCCCGCCCACCAGCCCUUCCAGGACUGCCGUGCCCCCAGGCCUUUCCAGCCUGCCACUCACGUCUGCGGGGAACACGGGAGUGAAGAAGGCUCCCAAGAAGUUAGAGGAGAUUCCCCCAGCCUCUCCGGAGAUGGCACAGAUGAGGAAGCAGUGCCUGGACUAUCAUUACCAGGAGAUGCAGGCUCUGAAGGAGGUCUUCAAGGAGUAUUUGAUUGAACUGUUUUUCUUGCAACAUUUUCAAGGGAAUAUGAUGGAUUUCUCAGCUUUCAAGAAGAAACAUUAUGCCCCAUUACAAGCGUAUCUUAGGCAGAAUGAUUUGGACAUUGAAGAAGAGGAGGAGGAGGAGCAGGAGCACUCCGAAGUCAUUGAUGGCGAGGUAAAAGUUGUGGCCAGAAUUCACAGGCAGCCUGGCACUCCUGUGGCGACGGCAAACCAGCUUCCGCCAAGGGCUCCUGCGGCCUUUGCACCCCAGCCGCUGCCGCUUGAGGUACUUCCCAGUGACCCCACAGUGCAGAUCCCCAGACUUUCCUCACUUGGAUUUGGGGACUCAAUGUUAUGUGGCAGAACCCAGAGGUCUCCCAAGAGCCUGUCCUCUGUUGUUAAAAAUACGUCUUGAGACGUCUGUGUGAAGGCUCUUAGUUUUAAUGCAUGAAUGCUGUUAUUUUUCCCUACUGUUACUGAAAUUAAAAAGUGUUUGUCUCUGAUCAUUGAUUCUGUUAA